CAGCUGAUUUUUUCCCCCUGCCUCCCGCGCGGUUUCCCUCCAACCCUCCACCCCAUGUGCCUGAUUUCAGCCGCUUCCGCCGCCCCGCCCUUCCCCACGGCACAGCUCGGCUGAGUCGGCUCUGCUCUGCUCUCACGCGCACCACCACGCCACUAGGCUCCCCGACACCCCAUUUGCCGCGCCGUGCUGUAGCACGCAGGUGUAGACGCCGCCCGCCUAAUCCUGAAAGUUUUCUUGGAGAGGCGCGUUCAGGCAGGGCUGGUACGGCGCGCGAUCUGAUCCGGACCUUUUCCCUCCGGCGCCUGAGCUGUACCCGUGCCAAUCAAUCAUCGAAGCGGGUGAGGAAAUCUCGGCACAUUCGGCUUGUACUUGCCCGCACCUACCGCCUUUGCCGGCCGCGCCGCGCGCUGCUGGUCAGAGCCAGAGCCAGAGGCACCGGACGAGGUCAGCUGUGCCUCCGCGGCUCCGUCCUCCCUUUGACGUUUCAAGGAGACAAUCGCUCGAGCUCCUGAGCUGUCUUUGGUCAAUGGGAGUGGCUGAAGGUGGUGGCGUGCGGACCUAAAAUCCCCACUGAAAUCAAGGCAACUGCGCAAGCAAUCUCCCUGGUCAGUGGUCAGCAGCAGCAGCAGCAGCUGGAGUGCUGUUGCGUAUACUCCGCGAGUGCGAGGACUGUGCUGGGUGCAAGCACAGUUCUGCUUCCACUGCUUGAAAUCUACUUCCACUCCAGCCUCCAGUGUCUUAAAAGAUCUCCAGGGGAAGGGGAGAGCUGCAUUGGCAGCUUGCUUCUGCCCAUGCCCAGGCAUUGGAGCUUGUCGGCAAUGACAAUGGGUCACCAAUUCGCGGCUUUGGUGGUGGUGCUGCUGCUAGUGUUAGCGGGGGUGGCGGCCAUGGUCACUGCUGACCAGGAGAGCGACCGGAUCCGCGAGCUCCCGGGCCAGCCGCCCAACGUAGGGUUCUCGCAGUACUCCGGCUACGUCACCGUCAACCCGGCGCGGGGGCGCGCGCUCUUCUACUGGCUCGUCGAGGCCGUGCCGGCGGCCGGGCCCAUCGCGCCGCUCGUCCUCUGGCUCAACGGCGGGCCUGGCUGCUCGUCAGUCGGCUACGGCGCGUCCGAGGAGGUCGGCCCGUUCCGCAUCAGACCAGACGGCCAGACGCUUUACCUCAACCCCAAUUCUUGGAACAAGGCGGCCAAUUUGCUCUUCCUGGAAUCGCCGGCCGGCGUGGGGUUCUCGUACUCGAACUCGUCGCUGGAUCUGUACACCGCAGGAGAUGCAAAGACAGCACUGGAUGCCUAUGCUUUUCUCGUGAAUUGGUUGGAGAGAUUCCCACAGUACAAGUACAGGGAGUUCUAUAUUGCUGGAGAAAGUUAUGCGGGACACUACGUUCCACAAUUAGCCCAGCUCAUAUAUGAAAAGAACAAGGGCAUUCAGAAUCCGGCAAUUAAUUUCAAAGGAUUCAUGGUAGGCAAUGCAGUCACUGAUGACUACCAUGACUACCUUGGUACCUUUGAGUAUUGGUGGACUCAUGGUCUGAUCUCUGACAAGACUUAUCACAACCUGAAGGCGACAUGCUUGCUUGAUUCCUCACAACACCCUUCAUCUGACUGUGUCAAGAACCUGAAUCUAGCCAGUGCUGAAGAAGGCAAUAUUGAUCCUUAUAGUCUGAAUACAAAGCCAUGCAAUGACACCGCCUCUCUCAAGCUUGGCUUGGGUGGACGCUACCCUUGGUUGUCCAGAGCCUAUGAUCCUUGUACUGAAAGAUAUGCAAGUAUUUACUACAACAGGCCAGAAGUGCAGAUGGCAAUGCAUGCAAAUACAACUGGGCUUCAUUACCCUUGGCAAACAUGCAGCGAUAUCGUUGGAUCCUACUGGGCAGAUUCACCAAGAUCUAUGCUUCCAAUCUACCAAGAACUGAUAGCAGCUGGUAUCAAGAUCUGGGUUUUCAGUGGGGAUACAGAUGCUGUAGUUCCUGUAACUGCGACAAGGUACUCAAUAGAUGCUCUCAAGCUUCCAACAGUGGUAAAUUGGUACCCUUGGUAUGAUCAUGGGAAGGUUGGAGGUUGGAGCCAAGUUUACAAAGGACUAACCCUUGUAACCAUAGCAGGUGCAGGACAUGAAGUGCCACUGCACCGGCCUCGACAAGCUUUGAUUAUGUUCAGACACUUCUUGCAGAAUAAACCAAUGCCAACGCAAUAGCCGGUCCAAGCAGAAUUAUAGUGUAAACUACCACAGUCAUAUUUAAAUGUUUUUCAAAUUCUUUUUACUUGAUUUGAUUGUUAUUGUUACAACAUAUUAUUCAAUUAUCUCGAUUGAAUGUAUGUAUGCCCAGUAGCAAAUAGGGAUACCUGAAAUUUGUACUGCUGGAGCUAAAGAGCUCCGCUGUAUAUGAUAAUGAUAAUUUUUAGCAUCACUGUCCUUCGCCUUCA